AUGUUAUCGUAAGCAUGAGGAGCAAUAUUUGUUGCUGCACAACAAACCGAAAUCUCCAGUAAAAUAUAUUAGUAUUAAUUGGAAAUAUAAUGGCAGGAAACACCAACAGUGACGACGAGUUCCAGGAUGCGAUCGGCGAGGAGAUCACAGAGAAGGAGGCUACCAGCACGCAGCUAAGUGAGAAAGAUGUGGACGAGAUUGUGGAGAAACAGAGUCAGCUGGCGUUGGAUGACGAAGCCGAGCAAGGUGCGGCUGGCGGGGAUUCCAUUUUGAAAACACCAGUCGUGGACACUGAACUGACCAUCGAAGAGUUGCGCGAACGGGAGAAGGAACUUAGCGCAGAACAGCUGGCCGAGAACAAGGAGAAGGCUGACAUACUAAAAUUGGAUGGAAACGAAAUGUUCAAAAACGGCGAUCCGGAAGGCGCCGUUACAAUCUACACAGAAGCCCUGGACAUAUGUCCUUCUGACAGCACCAAGGAGCGAGCUGUGCUCUAUGGAAACAGGGCUGCUGCCAAGAUAAAGCUGGAGGCCAAUAAAGCGGCCAUCGACGACUGCACAAAAGCCCUCGAACUGUGGCCGGAGUAUGUGAGAGUACUCCUUAGACGCGCCAAGCUCUAUGAGCAGGACGACAAACCCGACGAAGCUCUCGAGGACUACAAGAAGGUGUCAGAGAUCGAUCCCGGACAAACAGAUGCUCGAGAAGCACAGGUUCGUCUGCCGCCCAUCAUCAACGAGCGCAACGAGAAGCUCAAAACUGAGAUGUUGUCCAGCCUUAAAGACCUGGGCAAUAUGAUACUUAAACCGUUCGGCCUGUCAACACAGAAUUUUCAAAUGCAACAGGAUCCCAACACGGGCUCGUAUUCCAUAAACUUUAACCAAAAACCAAGCUAGUUCAAAGUUUUAAAAAAUAACAAAUAAAGCUGUUUCUGAGGAUUAUGUGGAGAAUAAUAAGACGUGACCAAGUCUCAGUUUUCGUACAAUUUAGACCUCUAUCAAUGGAAUACAAAAAAAAUUUAAUUAUAAUCAGGAUGAUAAAAAAGACCUACCUAAUAUGAAAUUAUGGAAAUUAUAUUAUAAUAUGCACAAUGUG